GGAAUCUCUCCUAUUUAUAGUGGGGCCAGCCGUGUCUCAGCAAGGAAGUAGAGAGGCCAGCCUCCAGCACAGCCUCCCUGGCUCCCCGUAGACCCAGAGAUGCUUUCAGGAAAUGCCAUCAUUUUUCUAACCCUGGUUUGGGGGACCCGGGAAGGGCAAACUAUCCUCCAGAUCGCAGAAUGUGGCUUUGCCUGUUCAGAGGGUGUGUCUUGCAAGAACAAAGUGAACAGGAACAUUUUUAACAGUUUCUGCCGGCAACCACCCUUCUCCAUGGCGCCGCCCACCCUAGAGUCCCUGAUGCUGUCCACAGUCAUGAAGUGUGCCCACAGAGAGUCUUGUGCUCUGCAUCUGAGCGUCGGUGCCAGCCUCGUCAUGGAAGGAAGCCUUCGAGGCUUGGAGAUCUGCCUACUGUCCCUGGACACACAAGAGACAAGGUGUCACAGUAUCAGGAUUCCCAAGGUCUCCAGCCAGAAGAUGGUGGGCAAAACGCUCCAGGUACACUUUGACUGCUUCGAGGUGAGUGUUGCUCAGCACCUCUAUGUCACCGUGAAGACCAUCCCCUAUUACUGUAAGGUCCAGAUCAGCCGUGAAUACCACGUAGAAGAUUGUACAGAUGCUGACGUGGCAAGAAACAUCGCAGCCUGCUUUGCUGGGAGGCUCCAGUACAAUGUUGACCAUGUCCAGAAGGCCAUCGAGGUGCACUUUGCAGACAUCCCCCGAGGGCAGCCCUACUAUGUCCGGCUAUGUCUCAAAUGGUUUGCCUGUGAAGAUUACAGCCCACCAGUACUGGUGAAUGCAGAGCAGCCUGGGAAGCCAGUGUCCCUGAAGUAUUCACAGCUGCUGCCAUGUCUGUGUAUUGAGGGCUGGGCUGCUGUCCCCGAUGCAGUGAGAAUCCAGAUCUGUCCUUUUGAAAAUGACACCAGAAUCCUGUGGGAUUACAUCUUCUACAACCCCUUCACCCAGUCCCUGAGCUGGGAACCCCCCUGCCCUGUCCAGGGCGAAGUCCACCUGUGUGGGAUGUCAGAGCUGGGUCAUCAGUGCUGGGAGCUGAGCCACACAGGCCGCACAGUCCCAGGCAAUGUACAUUACUUGCAGGUGGAUCCACAGCCAUGGCUUUGUAUGAAGUUCACAACCCUGCAAGGCUCUUGGGUGAAAUGUCCCUUUGCGGAUAGAAAAUUUCCAGGCUGGAAGAUGAAGAUCCAUCAGCUGCCGGACAAGCUCCGGGCCUUCUUCAUCUCAAAGACCCCGGCCAGGUUCCAGGUGCGGCUGUGCAACCGAAGCAACCCUUCCCACUGCCAUGUGCUCAAGACCAUCUCUGUGACUCCACAGGGAGGUGCAGAUGCCACGGGCCACAUUGACAUUCCCGAGUCGGAGGUCUGCUCCCCAGAUAUCUGCAUACAGGGCUGGAGGACAGAUGUGGAUUAUUCAAUUCCUGUACAGAUGUGUGACAUCAGAUGCAACAAUUCCUCUAAGAAGAAGCACCGAGGGCUCCCUAACUCUCCUCUCAGCAUCCACAAGUGGGAAGGAAGAGUUCUCGCUUCUCCGUAAGGAUGGAGGCCAGUGUCCACCUCCCUUGCCAGUGCUCAUGUCUUCUAGACAGCCCCAGAGCAUCCUUUGCCUUCUCCCAAGAACUCCUGCUAGCUGGGUGGUUCCCAAGGAUGCCAGACGCA